AUGGAUACGUUGACGAAAGAGGUUGACAAGCUCCAGGUGGAAGACGAUCCCACUGUGACACAACCCACGGAGACAACAACAACAUCAACAACAGCAGCAGCAGUAGCAGCAGCAGAUACUGACCAACCGCCUCCCCCGGCUGAAUCUGAACCUGUAGCAGCGCCAACACCUAUAUCUGCACAGGAUCCUGCGUCUACUGUAGAACACGCGCCAGAGCCUGAGCCCGCACCAGUCCCUGAGAACUUGGUUCCACAAACACCGGAGCAAGAAAUUCCCGCCCGUAUUGAUGAGACGCCCUCGAAUUAUUCACAGACGUACAAUAACGGCUAUAGCAACGGACAGCAAAGUCACCACUCGUCGUUCUCCCCCGAAUACGUUCAGUCAACUGCACCAGCGCUUCAUACACAUGAGAGCGAUCUCUCACCUGCGUCAAGGCAUAACUCCCCCACCAUGUCUUAUCAACAAUACCAACUUCCCUCACAGCCUGCCUCUCGUCCAGGAUCGGGGGUGUCGAACUCCGGAGAUAGAUAUGGAUACUCUCAGCAAUACCACGACCAAAACCCAAGGCAGCAACAGCAACAACAGCAGCAGCAGCAUCAACAGCAAACACAACAGCAGCAGCAACAAUCGGCAGCACCAAGCAAGAAUAGUGUUGUGAUUAAAGUUGGAAUGGUUGGUGACGCUCAGAUUGGCAAGACGAGCUUGAUGGUCAAGUAUGUCGAGGGUAGCUGGGACGAGGACUAUAUCCAGACUUUAGAAAUCACCUUUUCAAUCUGGGAUCUAGGUGGACAGCGAGAAUUUGUCAACAUGUUACCCCUUGUCUGCAACGACGCAGUGGCUAUUUUGUUCAUGUUCGACCUCACCCGGAAAAGUACACUUAAUUCUAUCAAAGAGUGGUAUCGACAAGGGAGAGGAUUCAACAAGACUGCCAUACCUUUCCUCGUUGGAACUAAAUAUGAUCAUUUUGUCAAUUUCCCCCGCGAAGACCAGGAGGAAAUAUCAAUACAAGUAAGACCCUUUAACCUUUUUGAAAUUUUUGGUUACAAAAUGUAG